AUGGACACACGGGCUAAAAGCAACGCUGAGUUUCGCAAUGAAGUCAGCGAAGUCCUUGCUCGUCACGAGUCCAGCUUCGACCAAAUCCAUGGUACCUUGCAAACUGUUUUGACAGAACUUCAGACCAUGCGAGUCUCGCAAAACACCGUUCCCUUAGAUAAUCCUUUUGCUCAAGCCGAAACCUCCCAUAACCGACCUCUUCCCGCCACCAACAAUCAAUCACCAUCCCAUGGUACCACCAACACACAUGACCGAAACUAUACACACCUGAAACUCUCAUUCCCUAAAUUUAAUGGAGAUGAUCCGACGGGAUGGAUUUUCAAGGCCGAACAAUACUUUGAGUUCAAAAAUGUUGCUCCUGACCAACAAGUUCAGCUUGCGUCCUUUCACCUGGAGGGCAUAGCUCUACAAUGGCUUCGAUGGUUGACCAAGUUCAGGGGGCCUUUAACUUGGAACGAACUAACCAAGGCCUUGUUGCUCCGUUUCGGUCCCACCGACUAUGAGGAUCCCUCCGAAGCUUUGACCUGCCUCAAACAAACUUCGACAGUGGCUACCUAUCAAGAAACUUUCGAGAUGCUCUCACAUCGGGUUGAUGGGUUGCCCGAAAAUUACUUGAUUGGGUGUUUCAUUGCGGGACUCUGUGACGACAUACGCCUGGAUGUCAAACUCAAGCAACCAUGCACCUUGGCUGAUACCAUUGGAGCAGCACGGCUAAUUGAAGAGCGCAACUCUCUACAAAAAAAAUGUAUGAGGGUUGUUACAAACACUCCAAUUCCAUUUCGGCGAAUUACAAGUCAAGAGGUACGAGAACGUCGUGAGAAAGGGUUGUGCUAUUACUGUGACGAAAAGUUCACUCCAGGUCACCGUUGCCAAAAACCCCAGUUGUUUAUGAUCGAAGAAACACCAAUACUCGAACCCUCCAUUGCCAUGGACACUCCUGAUGAACCCGAUAUGACCGAGCUCCUUCCAGAAAUCUCAUUCCAUGCAAUAGCAGGGACGACACAUCCUCAAACAUUUCGAGUGGUGGGUAAAUUACAAAAUAAAGCAGUGACUAUCUUCAUUGAUGGGGGAAGCACCCACAACUUCAUCGAUCACGAAAUUUGGGUUGGCCGUAGCACGCGAUCAGAAGUUGCAAUAGCGGCCUGUCAAGUGGUUUUGGGAGUUCAGUGGUUGGCCACCCUUGGAUCGAUUGAAAUUGAUUACAACCAUCUCACCAUGUCCUUCAAGCAAGGAGGUAAAUCUUGUAUGUUUCAAGGCCUUAAGCAACCUACACUCACUGCCUUGAGUGAUAAGGAACUUCUCCACCUCAAUGGAACAGCUUUGUUCUUUCAAAUCAUUCCAAGCCACGAAUCAACUUCAGUCAAUGACCACCCCGCAGACCUCGCCCAAAUCCUCACUGAAUUUGAGCAUGUCUUUGCCAUUCCCAAUACCUUGCCACCGAUACGAACCCAUGAUCACCACAUCCCAGUACAACCAAAUCAAGAACCUAUGAGUGUCAGACCCUACCGAUAUCCUUAUUAUCAAAAAACAAAAAUUGAAAGGAUGGUGAAGGAAUUUCUUGACUCUGGUUUGAUCCGCCCCAGUACCAGCCCAUUUUCUUCACCGGUAUUGCUUGUCAAAAAAGCGGAUGGUGGUUGGCGGUUUUGUGUUGAUUACCGAGCUCUCAACAAUAUUACAAUCAAAGAUAAGUACCCGAUCCCUGUCAUAGACGAACUCCUCGACGAAUUACAUGGGUCCAGGUAUUUUUCGAAACUUGACCUCCGCGCCGGAUAUCACCAAAUACGGGUUCAAGGGGCUGAUAUACACAAAACUGCUUUCCGCACACAUGACGGACAUUACGAAUUUGUUGUUAUGCCCUUCGGCCUUACAAAUGCCCCCUCCACCUUCCAGAGUUUGAUGAACGACUUGCUACGGCCUUACUUGAGGAGUAACAUUUUUCUAUAUGGGACUUAUGAGUAA